GAGCUGGCUUAAGGACAGGAGGCACGGAGGCAGGUGCCACAAGCUCAGACGCUCGGCCCGGGGACAGAAUCUGCAGGACACAUCAAACAGAGCUAAACGAAACGCAGAUCAGCAGUGCCCCAGGAUGGUUGUGUUUAAUCUGACCCUGGAGGAGGACUACUCCCCUGCCCCCUCCCUCUCCCCGCCUGUGCCUCCCUGCUCCGUGCUCUCCAACUCCAGCUCCCCCGCUCAGUCCUCCCCCCCUUACAACUUCUACGCGGUCCUGCUGGUGCUGCUCAUCUUCUGCGUGGUCUUCGGCAACGUGCUGGUGUGCCUGGCGGUGUCGCGGGAGCGGGCCCUGCAGACCACCACCAACUACCUCAUCGUUUCCCUGGCCGUGUCCGACCUGCUGCUGGCCACGCUGGUCAUGCCCUGGGGGGUCUACCUGGAGGUGGUUGGCGGCUGGAGGUUCAGCCCCAUCUACUGUGACAUCCUGCUGACUCUGGACGUCAUGAUGUGCACGGCCAGCAUUCUCAACCUCUGUGCCAUCAGCAUCGACAGGUACACUGCAGUGGCCAUGCCUCUGCUGUAUAACACCAGGUACAGCUCCAGGAGGAGAGUGGCUCUGAUGAUCGCUGUGGUGUGGUUCCUCUCCUUCGCCAUCUCCUGCCCCCUGCUGUUCGGACUGAACAACACAGCCAGUCGGGAGGUGUGGAAGUGCAGUAUCGCGGACCCCGCCUUCGUGGUCUACUCCUCCGUCGCCUCCUUCUACGUGCCCUUCAUCGUGACGCUGCUGGUGUAUGCGCAGAUCUGCGUGGUGCUGCGCAGGCGGGGCCGACGCACCGCCCCGCCCCGCAGGCACGCCCUCCACGUGCAGGGAGGGGCGGAGCCAGGGGAGGGGCAGAGGCAGAGGAAGAAUAAGUGUACCCACCCUGAAGAUGUGAAGCUCUGUACUCUGAUAGUCAAGCCCCCUGCCGCAGUCCCUCACCGCAAGAAAGUGACUCUGGUGAAGGAGGCGGUGGUCCACCCGCUAGAGGCGGAGCCUGUUCGCUUCCUCGGCCAAACAGAGCAGUCCUCUCGGCCCAAAAUCUCUCUCUCUGUCUCCGUCUCUCCUGCUCCCCCUCUCCCCCCCGCUGCUCGCUCGGCUCUCGUUCCUCGCGGGGCGGUGUUUGAGGAGGGGGUGCGGGGGCGGGAGGGGUGGAGGGAGAGGGACCGAGAAAGGGAGGAGAAGGGAGGGAUGGUGAAGGAAAGAGUGAGGGGGAGGCUGUCGCAGCAGAAGGAGAGGAAAGCAACUCAGAUGCUGGCUAUAGUGCUCGGCGUGUUCAUCAUCUGUUGGCUGCCCUUCUUCCUGACCCACGUGCUGCGUGUGCACUGCAGCAGCUGCUGCAUCUCGCCCACGCUGUACAGCGCCGUCACCUGGCUGGGCUACCUCAACAGCGCCGUCAACCCCGUCAUCUACACCACCUUCAACAUCGAGUUCCGCAAGGCCUUCAUCAAGAUCCUACACUGCUGAUCACCUGCAAGGCCUUCAUCAAGAUCUUACACUGCUGAUCACCUGCAAGGCCUUCAUCAAGAUCUUACACUGCUGAUCACCUGCAAGGCCUUCAUAAAGAUCCUACACUGCUGAGAGUCUACAAGGAGUUCAUCAAGAUCCUACACUGCUGAGAGUCUACAAGGAGUUCAUCAAGCUCCUACACUGCUGAGAAUCUGCAAGAAGAUCAUCAAGAUCCUACACUGCUGAGAAUCUGCAAGAAGAUCAUCAAGAUCCUACACUGCUGAGAAUCUGUAAGGAGUUCAUCAAGAUCCUACACUACUGAUCGCCUGCAAGGCCUUUACUGCUAAGAGUUCCAUAAGGCCUUCAUCAAGAUCCUACACUGUAAAGACUUCCACAAGGCAUUGAUCAAGGUCCUAUACUGCUGAGUUCCACAAGGUUUUCUUCAAGAUCCUACGCUGCUAAGAGUUCCAUAAGGCGUUCAUCAAGAUCCUAUACUGCUGAGCUCCACAAAGCUUUCAUCAAGAUCCUACGCUGCUGAGUUCCACAAGGCCGUUAUCAAGAUCCUACAAUGCAAAGGGUUCCACAAGGCCUACAUAAUGAUCCUGUACUGAUGAAGAUCUGAUGCAUGUCUCAAAAGCAUGAAAUGAGAUCCUUUGCUGCUUCCACAAAGUCUUUAUAAAGAUUCUACACUGCUUAGAGUAGCAUAUGGUCUUCAUAAAGAUCAUGACUUAAAUCAAUAAGAUCCUUCUUACAAAUAGUUCACAUAUAGAGUUCCACAAGCUUUUUAUGAAUAUCCUCCACUGCAGAAAGGUCCGCGAAGCCUUAAUAAAUACCCUUCACUGCGCAGAGUUCCUUAAGCUUUCAUAAAUCGGAGAGUUCCUCAAGGCUUUCAUAAAUCAGAGAGUUCCUCAAGGCUUUCAUAAAGAUCCUUCAUAUCAGAGAGCAGAGAGUUCCUGUAUGUCUUCAUAAAGAUCCUGCAUUGCUGAGUGAAGGGGGGUGGGGUGCUAGGUUGAUGUAAAGAGGGGAGGGCAGUAGAGAGCUAUACAAAAAUUGCAUUUAAUAUCUCAUUGCAUUUAAUAAUGACAAAAGAACAGCACAUGACUAUCCAACUCUUGCUGCUGACCAAGAUAAAACGCGGACAGAAGGACCAAAAGUGAGAUCAAAACUGACUGUACCUAACUGUCAGAAAGAGAGAUCUAGACAGAGGAGGGAGCUGACAAAAAAAAACUGAGAUAAGAAUGGUUCAGUCAGAUUAAAUCUCAGUAGUGAGAUAUGAAAAGAGAUACAGCCAUGAAAUACAGCUCUACUGUAAAUAUUUGUAUCUCUGAUUUUGAAAACAGUCAUUUGUGAGCACAGGAAAUGAUUGUACAUAUGAAACUAUUAAAGCAUUGUUUGUGUUUUA